CUAGCAAUCUUGCUCCAUUUAACAAUUUCCUCCUGGCCACUUAACUCAGUGGUCUUUUCCAUGGCAGGAGUGUGCCUGUAAUCCAUUGCCAAGGCAACACACUGAAAUCGUUUUCAGCCUUCAGGUGCAUCUGUUGACAGGCCGGCUGUACAGAGGAAAGAACUGAUUUUUUCUUUCCUGGAACUAUAAGCUUUGCUUGCGUUUAGAUAUGGAAGUGACUUUGUCAGUAAGGAGGCCAGCUACUAAUUGGAAACUUGCUUAAUAUUUUUCUUAAUUUUAUUUUUGCCCUAAAAUGUUAUGGGUCAUCACUGGAAUUAAGGAUUGGAUGGAAAAGUAAGUCUUUUACUCGAGUUCCUUUUUUUCUUUUCUUUAAUUGGUUUUUGGGGCUGCUCCAGUGCGCCGAUGCGGAUAUUGACUGGACCUGUUAACCACAAGAAGGAGGACAAGCAACAGGUUUUUACGUAUUAUAUCUACAGGAAUGAAGAUGAAGACAUAUUUUUUUCAUAUGUCUUUCCAUAAUGUAGACAAAUGCUCGUGUUAUUUUAUAAAAAUACCUGCAACAAUGAAGAUAAAUGCAUAGAUAUUUCAUCCAAUGAUAUUUCAUUUCACUGUUUACCAACUAAAGGCCUUUGAAAAUACUGCAGAUAUGUAAAUAUGUUUGAGACUUGCUGCUGAACAUUAUGUAGCGCAAAUGUGUUGGGAAUACAAUAAUGGUUGGGCAAUAUCACAUAAAAGGAUAAUAUUUUAUUGACACGUGCACGGAGUUAAAACGCCAGAACAGCAGAAGCAUAAGAAUCAAAUCAAAGCUCCUGGAGGACGAGUGAACAGCACUGAAGAGCACUGAUGGUCGGCAGGACAUUAGUGGUUUAAAUCCUCGUCGUAAUACGAUGGAUAAGGUAGAGCAGAUCCUGUCAGAGUUCAGGCUGAAUAAGGAAGAACUAAAAGAGGUCAUGAAGAGGAUGCAGCGUGAGAUGGUCAGAGGACUGCGUUUGGAGACGCAUGAAGAGGCCAGCGUCAAAAUGCUUCCCACAUACGUCUGCUCCACCCCUGAGGGAUCAGAGGUGGGAGAUUUCCUGGCUCUGGACCUGGGAGGGACAAACUUCCGUGUGAUGCUGGUGAAGGUGGGCGCGGACGAGGAGAGGAGUUGGAAGGUGGAGACUAAGACCCAGAUGUACUCCAUUCCUGAAGAUGCCAUGACAGGGACUGCUGAAAUGCUGUUUGACUACAUAGCAGAGUGUAUGUCAGACUUUUUGGACAAACACCACAUCAAGCACAAGAAACUUCCUUUAGGUUUUACUUUCUCCUUUCCAGUGCGACACGAGGACAUUGACAAGGGAAUCCUACUUAACUGGACCAAAGGCUUCAAGGCUUCUGGUGCAGAGGGAAACAAUGUUGUGGGUUUGCUCAGAGAUGCUAUCAAGAGACGAGGGGACUUUGAGAUGGAUGUGGUUGCCAUGGUGAAUGACACAGUAGCCACCAUGAUUUCCUGCUAUUACGAGGAUCGCAGCUGUGAAGUUGGGAUGAUUGUUGGUACAGGUUGUAACGUGUGUUACAUGGAGGAGAUGAAGACUGUGGAGCUGGUGGAAGGGGAGGAGGGCCGGAUGUGUGUGAACACAGAGUGGGGGGCAUUCGGAGACAACGGGGAGCUGGAGGAGUUCAGACUGGAGUACGACAGAGUGGUGGACGAGACCUCGAUUAACCCCGGACAGCAGCUAUACGAGAAGCUGAUCAGCGGGAAGUAUAUGGGUGAGCUGGUGAGGCUUGUUCUGAUGAAGCUUGUGAAUGAGAACCUGCUGUUUAAUGGAGAAGCCUCAGAGACGCUGAAGACACGUGGUAGCUUCGAGACGCGCUACGUCUCACAGGUGGAGAGUGACUCUGGGGACAGGAAGCAGAUCUACAACAUCCUGUCCUCGCUGGGUGUACUGCCGUCAGAGCUGGACUGCGACAUCGUACGUCUGGUCUGUGAGAGUGUUUCCACUCGCUCGGCUCACAUGUGCGGUGCAGGACUCGCUGGUGUGAUCAACCUAAUGAGGGAGCGACGCAGCCAAGAGGCCCUGAAGAUCACAGUGGGGGUUGACGGAUCUGUUUACAAGCUGCACCCAUGUUUCUGUGACAGGUUCCACAAAAUUGUCUGGGACCUCACACCUCACUGCGAGAUCACUUUCAUCCAGUCAGAGGAGGGGAGUGGUCGUGGAGCAGCCCUUAUCUCAGCAGUAGCCUGUAAGAUGGCUGCAUGCAUGCUGACGCAGUAAAGGGAGCUGUGUACUGAGCACUGAAGCGAGCUUGGCUAAACUCUGAUCUGACAUCGUUGAUGACAUGUCAUCCAAAGCUCUGUCCUUUCUCAGGCUCCGGCUGAAGGAUGAUUGUCUGUGUGGAAGCAGGAGGGAUCCUUAUCACAGGAAGAUGCUCAGACAAGAAAGCAACAGACAACUUGAUUUAUAGACUCCAUGUAUUAGACCAACUUGUUGCAAUUUAAAGAUGUUUCUGAACUUGAGAAUUGGUUGACUGUUGCACCCAACGGCAUUAGGUGGCAUGAAAGCUCAUUUUAAAUACCUGAGUAUGACUGCCUGUUGAUUGUUUUUGGGUAUGGACUGACCCAUUUUAAAAUGUCUAAUGUUGUAUUAUUGAUGAUGAUAUGUAAUAUAAAGUCAGUGUAAAGUGGUUGAUGUACAAGACAAGUAUUAUUUUUUGUAAAUGUAUGACUAAAUUAAAUUCACUGAGUUAUUGUGUUGUAAUUUGUCUGUGAGGAAUGAAUGUCUUCGGAAUUGUAUAUUUAAAAUCAGUGUUUACAACUUCUGUGUAUUGGCCAAUAAGUUGUAGUCUCAUAUGUGCAUAAUAAAAUGAGUUUUGAAUAUUAAUAAGCUGAACUGUAAAUAAAAUUGCUUAAUUAUAAACUAUUGUUCUUUAUUUUCAUGCUCUUUGUUUCAUAUCUUGCUAAAUAUUUUUGAGUUUUGAUGAGAUUUCUGACCCUUUAAACAAUCUUUUUGAAACAGUGCCCUUUUUUUCCCCUUUUUUUAAACUUAUUUGUCAGCUCAUGGCAGAAUGUCCAGGGUUGACAAACAGCACCAUUGAAGCAAUGCUAAAGUAAUGACUUCUCAGUAAUGUAAUGCACCAUUAAUGCAAUGACGAUUUGCAGCUAACAGCAUCAUAAUCCUGUUAAUGUUCUAUUACUGAGGUAGAACCUACUAAACACGAGUAUAAUAUGAUAGAUUUUGGGGGUUUUAUUUCAGGAACACAUUUGAAAAUGGAUCCCAAAAAACAUCUACAAGUUAAUCUGACCAUAUCCACAGAAAUAGCAGCUAUUCACAUAUUGUUCAUUAUUUUUUUAUGGUGCUUAUCUGAAAAGACAAUGGGAUUUUUGAUAAUCAUGGCAACAAUUUUGCAUUUCAAAAAUGUCAACCUUCUUGUUCAUGUAAUAAAACCAAGAUUGCUGUUGUGAUGUUAAUUGGUUCUGUACAUAUGAGAGCUCUUUUGACUUUCCUCUUGUCCUCCAGCACUAUCAUUCAAUCUACAACAGACUUGUCUACUACAACUCUUAAUAUACGCGCAACAUUUAUUCAUUCAUCAUUUUUCAUAGUCACCAUUAACUGAAACUUUGUUUUUUCCUGAUAGUGUAACUAAUAUUGUUAUAACUCUACUUUCACCACUAAUUGGCUGAGGACAUCCCCCCUCAGUCUGGUUGAGUAGAAAAACCUUAAAAACAAUGAUAAAACCCAAUGCUGUAACAAUUAGGUCAUUACAUUUGUGAUGGGUGACAGUAAUUAUGUCAUUGUAAAUACAGUAUUUGAUUAACAGGGUUAUGACAUGAGUUGCUGACAAUUUUUAUUAGUUUUGAUAAUGAUUUGGUGCAUUACUGGGGCGUUAUAAGAGAUCUCCGAAUUUAGGUCUUCUGUGUUGAUAAAUCAUACUGACCAAAACUUUGCAGUAACAUUGCACAUACAAAGCUGCCAUCAGA